ACUCCAUUGUUGGCAGAUUUUUUUUCUUUUUUGCCAGUUCUGUAAGGUCUUUGGCCAUACCUCGUCUCGACCGUAGGGUCCAUGGAGAUUAGGGUCCAGAGACGUGUGUUGAGAUGUUCUUCCUGCUCUAUGUUGGUGACAAGAGAUUACAUAGCUUGAUGGUGUGGCUGGUGUGUUCGAUGAUGAUGUCAGUGGACAGUACUCUCACAGUAAAUAAUCCUUCCGCCCGAGCAGUCAACAGGUUUAACAGUGAAACACAUUGUAGUUAAAAUUAAAAAUAAGCAAAGUUCGUGCUGCCCCCCACCUUGUCUGGGUGUAAAGAGAACCUGUUUGCGGGGCUAGGGAAUACAAGGCUAAGGAUUACAAUGAGGUUAGUUUAGCUGUUCUUUGUGUAUUGUGACAGCAGGGAAUGUUUCUUUCUUUUCUUCACACGUCUAAGGAUAAGAGACGAGUUUUCUUUGCUCAGUGGGUCUGAUAAUUACAACACCGGUGAAGUGGAGGGCUCACACUGUGAUACCGCCUCUUGAAAAACUAUCGCGUGUAAGGAGCAAAGAUUAAAAAAAACUUCCUUUUACGGGUCGCAGGGUAAAUGAGACGUGAGAUCUUGGUGGGCUCCUGCACCCUGUGACUAGCCGCCGCGAUCAGGUGUUUUACAAAAAACAAAAAAAAAAAAAACCUGCACUGCCCACACCUUCCCCUCACGCUGUUUUCGGAAGUAGGAUCCAAGAACUUGUCAUAAACGUCGGCACUGACCUUUUCUUUAUUUCUUUUCUCCUUGUUCACCUCCCCUUUGUUGUGAGUGGAGACGUUCGCGGAUGUUCGGAUGUUGCUUUUACAGGGAGGCGGACAGGUAUGUCGUCGGGGAAAGGUCAGCGAGUGCAGCGCGAGUGCGGGGCGGGUGCUCCAGUGUUUAUCUCUCCGCCAUCAGCACACCCGUCGGAAGCCAGGUUCUCGGGGUGGCUGGCGAGGGAGGAGGAGGUUUCCGAGUGCUCCGACUUGCAGUUCAAAGGCGCCUUUUGUCGUGUCGUCGACGCGACGCGCCACGCUGCUGCUGCUGCGCGGCAGUCGGACGCAGACCCUCUCUUCUCGCUGCUCUCGCCUCCGCGUCUUAAUCCCCCCUACACACUUUUUUUUAAAACCGCCACCGCCUUCUCUUUCUGUUUCUCCCUCCCUCAUCUAGGUUGUAUCCACCACAGAUGUCCCUAUCGACUGCACCCACCCCAGAUCCCGUUACACUUUAACUCGUGCCCUUUCUUCCUCCUGCUUCCCAAAUCCCCACCCCGUUUUGUCGCCUGACGGCCGGUGGGUAAAUCUCGAUAAACGCGCGAGAACACUUCUAUGAGCCGAAUCCCCGGAUGUUUUUCUUUUUGGCCGUUCAAUGACGUAAUGACGUUCAACGACGGCGCCACAGUCACGUGGCUCUUGGCUUUUCCCUGGAUGGCGGCGACUGUGGUCUUUGGCUGGUUGUUUUACGCCGUGCCAGCAACUAAGGCUGCGGCUGCGGUGGGAGAACUAAUAUAAAAACGGAUGUUGAUGUUUACUUUGGCUGCGCGGAAGUGGGCCAGUCGUGCACCUCUGACCUUCUUGUGGCCAGGUGCACGGCGGUGAAGGAAACAGAGGUGUGGCAGACUGUAGCGAGACCCCGGAGGCUGGACGACACCGGGUUUAGCUUUCAAACUUGCUCUCAGCUUGAAACAAGCACCACUCCUACUUCUUUCUCUUCCCACAACUAUUCUUCCCACCAUUACCAUUAGCCCCAUCUCGCAAUAAAUAAAUAAAGACGAACAGACACUUUCAACGGUCCAUAAAGUUAGAUGCGUGCACCAACGAAUGAGCUAAGCAUACAGAAAUAGGGAAAUUUCAGCUGUUUCGAUCGUUCUGCUUCUUAUAUAGAAACUGAUGAACUGAAAUCUUUUUUUUUUUUUCUUUUAGCUUUCUUGCUGAAAUCCGAGAAAACGCCUGGAGUCCGCCUCAUUCUUGUCAACAAACCUGACAUUUUAGUUUUUUCCCCCAAUUAACUAAUCUAGCAUAGUUUCCGCCAUUGUUUUGUCCCAAGAUCAUUUCCUUGUUGACUCGAUCGCUGACGCAACCGAGCCAUUAACUGUUCCUCUGUAAUUUAUUUUCCUUUUUUUUUAAUCUCUCUUUUUUUUCUUUUUUUUUUUUUUUUUUUUUUUUACUUUCGCCGCAUGUUGCCUUUCCUUUUGUCUGUCCAUGCGGGCUAUGCUGUGGUCAGCUGCCUCUCGCUAGUCGUCACGCCGUCGUUAUCUUGACCUCAACUGUUCCGCCAUCGCGUCGUUACAAGUGUUUGGUGCGCCACUCCCUGCAGGUGGCGGGGGCAGGACACGCGCCAAUGACGCCUGCGCACACGGGUGGGACGAGUAUGUGUAUGGGGGGGUUGGGGUGGAGAGGAGGAGAGCUGAUGCAGGGAGUGACUGCAAUGUUUACUCUACUCACGCUUAUCGGGUGGCGUGAUAGCCGGUCCAUGGUGUCCUCAAUGUGGGAAAGGGUUUUCCCCGGUUCCCAGUUUUUCCCUUCUUUGGGUUUUUUUUUUUUUUUUAUGUGAGGUAUGUUUUUCCCACUCCCUGCACGACCAGUUCGAAAACUCGGGGAGCCUGUCUCCCCAACGGCAGUACGCUGGGGACUCCUUGCGAACGUCAGCAUGCCCUUCCUAUUCCAAACCACGUGGAGGGAUCUGUCAGGCCGUCAGAUGUCUGACGCACUCCAUCUGUCCCUCCCUCUCGCCUCCCGCCAUCAUCCGAUCUGUUCUAUUUUUUUUUUAUCCCCCCCCCUCCAUCUUCUCCUUAUCCCGCCUCUUUUACAGCAGCCUCCACCUCGUUUCCAGACUUCCAUGUCGCUGUUUUUUUUUCUGCAAUCGUUUUUGUGAUCUCAGGUCAGCAGCUGGAUCGCGCGAUGAAAGACAAACGGUGGGAAGCCCGCUAGCAGCAUGGAGCGAGUACGUCACGACUAUUUUUGGUGACGGUUUAUCUACAAGAUCGAUAAAACCCAGUCUACUGUAUCUUGUAUGUGCGAUUAAAAUAGCAUCUGUUCGGGAUUUUAGCUUUCACCAUGGACCAGUCCGAUGUAUGUCUUCCCAAACGAUCAGCAGCUCUCGGCCUGUGUGUUUGUGUGUGUGGGUGGGUCGGUGCACGCCGCGGUGUUACGUGACUCUCCACAACCGAUAAGAUCACGAGCCGCAAAAAUUGUUUUCAUGCUCAUCCGUCUGGCUACAUCCUUCCUCCACUGAUGUUCACUGUCCCUUCAACCACUUGAUUAUGGUAAUGAGUGACAGCCAGGCGUGCUCUCGUCUGCCAGUGGCGCAGAUCCUUACCUCGCGCACGUGCAGGUAAUGAAGGGAGCGAACCCCGCUACGCGCGCCACCUGCAGGGCUAACGCGUGGGUGUAAGGACAUUUAAUCAAGGCGUCUUUGUAACCGACCCCACCGGAGUAGGUCAGCCGCUAGGUCAUGUUAUAGGAUCGAAGGGACGGCCAGAGUGUAUACUUGAGUCCAGAUGGCCAAGGACAGCGCGCGGAUGGCGGAGCCUGAGCUGCCUGAUGAAGAGCCUGACGACCACAGCGAGGUGUACUAUGUGCCCUACGACCACCCGAUGUUCAACAACCCGGAUCCUGACCCUCAUCUGGUGAUCACCAACGGCUCGCUGCCGGCCAACGCCACGGACCUGUGGGAAGCCAACCGCCAGAGGGUGCUGGAGCUGGUGCCGGUGUUGGCGCUGCUGGCCUUGCUGCUGCUGCUGAGCGUGGUGGGCAACAGCCUGGUGUGCCUGCUGUACCGCACGCGCUUCCGCCGCAACACCACCAGCCUUUUCGUCGUCUUCCUGGCCGGACUGGACCUCGUCUUCCAGACGCUGGGCGUGGCCAUGGAGGCAGCGGUGCUGGCGCUGCCCUUGCUGUACACGUCGGCGGCCGCGUGCAAGGUGGCGCGUUAUGUGGAGACGACGUCGGUGUGCGUGACGUUGCUGGCCCUGGCCGGGGUGGCGGCCGACCGCUACUGCAAACUGUGCCGCCCCGUGGAUUGCCUCCCGUUGCGGCGCGCUCGCUGGUACUGCGCGCUGGCCGUGCUGCUGGCCUUUGGGCUGGCGGUGCCAGCCUGCUUCGUCUUCGGCGUGCGCUCGGUGACCGUCUCCCAGCAGCAUCCUCAUCCGACCCUGACGGGUAGCGCCUGCGGCACGGACGAUGCGGCGCUGGACAGUCCCAUGCGCAUGGUUUACGUGGCGCUGCUGCUGCUGACCUUCACCUGUGCCAUCUUGACGAUGGGCGUGUUGUACGCCCUGAUCCUGGUUCGCAUCUGUCGCCGCAAGGCUUCGUCCUCCCGCGGCGAGCGCGUCAGCCCUGCCCGCAAGGACUACCCACGUAAGCACCGUUUCGUGACGGAGGACUCCACCAGUUCGUGCGGCGGAGGAGAGGAAGGUCGGCGCCUGCCCAGCGCUAGCUGCAGCAGUGCCGGGAGCAGCACGGCUGGUGGUGGAGGAGGUGGUGGUGGAGGUGGAGGUGGGCCUUGCACCACCCCCAAGCAAGGCCGAACCUCCCGGCCGCCUGCGACCCGGCACGCGUGCCACUGAAGCCUGGCGUCAAGGAAAGCGCUCGCAUCGGGCGCGGCAGCAGCACGACGGUGGACGUGCAGAGCACGCGCAUGACCACCAUCUUCUUCGUGGUUUCCGCCAUCUGCGCCUUGUGCAUGCUGCCGUUCCUGCUGGCACGCUUACUGCGUGCCACGACGCACGUGCUGGACAACCUGCAGGCCCCGGCCGCCUUGGUGCUGUACGAGGUAGCCGUGCGUUCCUACCUGCUGCACGCCCCUCUCAAGCCCCUCGUCUACCUCCUUCUUAACCACAGCUUCCGCCGCGAGUGCCGCCACCUGGUGUUGAAACUGUGGGCCUUUUGCGCCGGCAACCCUACCUCGGCGGCGACAUCACCGCCCCACUAGCGGGGCCAGCAGAAGUGACAUCACGGUGACGUUAACGGCGUCAGGAGCAAAAGUGAUUACUGUGACGUCAGGGAAGUCAGAAACAUGUGCGCAUGACUGUGACAUUAGGGGCGUCAGGAGCAGAUGUGCCCAACUGUAACUUUAGCGAAAGCGACGUCAGCAGCGUCAGGACCUUGUUUCUUUGAUUGCCAGUCUAUCGUGGCCAGACGUGUGUGUGAGUGAGAGAGAGAGAAUGAUUGAAAAAAGGUCGUUCUAUUGUGACACAAACAUUUGAAAAAAAACAACAAAAAACGAUAGGACACCGUUGCUGCUGCUAGUGUCGCCCACUAGACAGCCAAAUUGUCGGGUAGGAAGGAAUUUCUGAAACACGUCCACGGGUAUCCUGAGACAAAUCGGAUCCUCCCGACUCUGGGAGGAGACACGUGCACUGGAGGACUUAAGGAAAACCUCAGUUGAAAAUCACUUUCGCAUGCAGAGACAAAAAUAGCAGCAGCUCCCAAUCUCCGUUUUCCCUGUUAUUAAUUUUUAAUUGUCCUCGCUGCCCCAAGCGCCUACUCCUUUCACUUUACCUUUCAUUGGUAGUAAUACCAUGCAAGAUGGGGUAGGAGUCACUAAGUCGCGCUGCUUCUGUGUACCUGCAUGAGGGGACGUAACUGUAGUCUUUUUCACGUUAGGUUUUUUUUUGUUGUUUUGUUUUGUUUUUUUGUUUGUUUGUGUUUUGUUUUGUUUAAUGACGGAUUUUGUUCCUCACAAAUCAACAAUUUACGGGUGUCGGAUAGAGGCGUGAAGUAGGCUGUUUUGGGAUGCCGAUAUUUAUGAGCCAUAAUGUACUAACAAAUUAUCGUCUGUAACGAUGGUGCUUGCAGCUGCAGUUGUAAGGGCUUGAGGUUCAAAUUUACUCAGUGAUUCAGCUGGCAAAAAAAGUAGGUUGAACAUGUAAGAAGCGAGGCUUCCCUUGCUCCACAGGCGACUGACUUGACAACGUGCCUGUACCUCCACACUCUAGUAGCAGGUGACUGACCACGUCUACGUCCUUGUUCCUCCUAUCGCCCUUCCUCCUCAUUCUCUUGCACGUGGCCGUUUGAUAGACCCUCUAUUCAUGUAGCUUAGGUCCAGCUGUGUACUUAAAAACCAUGUAAUUUCUGUGGUAGGGGGUGUUCUUUUGUGUGUUCAAUUGAGGAAUCGCCGGUUAAAGGUCUACACUAGCCGUAAGAAUUCCUUUGCUUACCAACCAACUACUUAGAAGAGAUUUAUUAGGGAACGUAAAGACAGUAGAGGAGAUAGUUGUUUCUAUUUCCACAUUCUGUGUCCUUCGCACCGGUUACAUUCGCUGCUUCGAUGACGACUAGGCUUUGGGUGCACCUUUGCCCAUAGGUGUUGCACCAGGUUAUCUGAAAAGCAUACAGUAGGUCAAACUCGCUUCUUCUUCCAUGUCAGUAUCUUCAUCUGAGGUUUAUUAAUCAUCUCUGAAUUGAUUUUAUCUGUUUUGCGCUUUUUAAAAUUUUAAUUGGGAGAUGGUGGUUGAACGUGCCUUUCAUUGUUUGCAAUUUAGAGGCCUGUUCUUUACAUUCCACAGCAGAAAAGAAGCAGAACUGCCACUUUAAUAAUAAAGAUGAUGCUAUUAUUAUUGUAGGUGUAGGCCGUGGUUCGGUUCUCGUUCAGUCUCUCUGUCUCACACAACAUUUCCACAUGUCAGUCCUGUCCUUCAUCAAACUCAAGGGAGACUAUCACCAUAGACUGUCUGAUGCACGAUCCACUGGACUUUUUGUGCCAAGUUGUCAACAAUGCCAGCGCAGUAUAUGCUUGUCAUAAUCGAGAAGCAGUCACCUUGUCAUUGUAACAUUUACGAGCAGAAAGAACAUAAGGAACAAUUACCGAGCUCGGCUGUCUUCUUGUGGAUUAGGGGUGAGUGGGCGAGAAAGAGUCAGAGCCUUAAAUAAUUUUUUUUUAAAUCUUAAAACAAAAGCAUAUUUGUCUAGAAAAGAGCAAAAUUAAACAAUGUAUAGCUACCGACAAGGUGUUUAUCUUUAGUUAUUAAGGGUCUAGUACGAUGCAAAGGAUUUUUUUUUUAUCAUUGAUCACUGGAUUGAUGCAGUACAUGAUAUUGUUUCCCCAUGUAGGGGAUUAACUCUAUUACCUGCAAAGAAAGAGGUCACACAUGAUGUCAUGAUUGUCCAUGAACAGUUCCAGGCUUUUCCAUUGGCUGAAGCUUUGACAACAUGAACGUCUCCAUGAACAACCCUGACGUCUGUUCUGUUGCUUUCUUGGCAUAGUAAUGUUGAUAGCCAGUAGCUUGAGAACGGGGGAAGGGGAGAAUCAAUCGCCCAGACUUGGUAUCCUGUUCUUUCUGCUCGAAAUGCAUUUUGCAGUAGUUUCGCACGGUCCGAAAGGAUAUACUUUUUUUUUUUUAGUUAGGAAUAGUGACUCUGCCAACCUAUUCUAGUUUGUGGUAGGUCAACUGUUAAUGCAGUUUAGUCUGGCUAGUAGUUUCUAGUAACCUACUCUUGAGACACCUGACAAUAGCGAAGUGUGAUACACAGAUCUCAUCUAGCGGCAAUGCCAGUUAGUUAAUGACGAUAUCGUUUGACGAUGAACUGGGGUUAAAAGAUACAUGUCACCAAGAUUAUAGUAAACUGGUUUUCUCUCUCUUUCUCGUGGUGACAUGCAUAUGAGAGGAAGGGUGGGGGCAAGUGUGUGUUUAUGUAGUUUAUAGAUGUUGGCCAGAUUAGUGUUGGGAUUUGCUUGAUUAAAUCUGAUCGUAGUCAUUAACGAGACAAAAUAGUGGGCGAGAUUUGGCCCUAGUGUCAUCGCACUGUCUGACGACAAUAGACGUAAGUCAUACAUACUGAACGAUAAGAUUGACGAGAUUAAUUUAACCUGUCACAGCACAGUUUGAUGAGAGAUUGGGUCCAAGUGUCGCAGCUUCAGGUUCAGGUGUCACAGCUCUCAACUCAUCCGGCUACUGAGAAACCACUCACAGCUGCUCUGAUUGGCGUUAGGUCACUUGCAUCCCUGAUAUGUCUUUAGUGUCAGCCAGCCUUUCAUAAUGUCUUCAUAUCUGUGAUAUUACGAUACAUGUUAUUUAUUUUCGUGUGAUAAAGAGAGAGCCAUUGUGAAACGGCCGAUGCUCGUUGGUACUUCCACAGACUAGAGGGAGUUCAUGUCACCAGUCCAGUGUCCUUUCUGGCCAUCCAAUGGGAGGGACCAGGUCGAGGUCAGACUAAGACUGGGGUCGCUGGCCCAUUUUAUGCAGACAAAUCACAAAGUGUAUGUUGUUGAGUCUACUGGUUUCUGAUGCUUCUUCAUAGCCCUUUGUAUGAUCCCUCUUUUGUGGGGGAGAUGUGUAAUAAACACCAUUCCAAACAGGGA